AUGCUUCCCCUACUCAAGACUCCCCUGACGAAGGAGGGUGCGCACCGCGGCCAUUCAGUCGAUGGUGCAGCUGCCCUGGACACCCACGAUGAGACCCUCUUCGAGAACCCCCAGUUUGAGCAUUACGAAGCCACGUCGAAUAUACAAUUGUUCUUCGAUCUGUUCUUCGUAGCAAACCUGGCCUCCUUUACCGUGGUCCACGAGAUCAACAGCAAAGAGAGCCUGGAGUCGUAUAUUGGCUUCGUUUGCGUUCUAUGGUUCACAUGGUGCCAGGUUACCCUGUACGAUGUCCGCUUCGCGACGGAUAGCGUCUUCGAACGCAUUGCCCAUGCCUGCCAUUUUGGCGUUAUGGUGGGCUUUUCCGUCGUCUCGCCCAACUUCCUGGCAAAGGAUGGCUGGGGUCCUCUCCAGCAGCUAUCCCUUCUGCUCAUGGCAAGUCGCUUGACGCUGUUUGCUCAGUACGGAACAACACUGUUCUUUACCUGGCGGUAUAAAAAGACACGCGCGCCUCUCAUUAUCGUGAUGGUGUCUUUACUACUGGCGGCAAUGGUAUAUCUUGGAGUUUCAUUUGCAUUUUACCAGCGCGUGCAUUGGCGCUCGUAUGUGGCGUGGUAUAUCAUUGCUGUCACUGAAGUCGUUGUCAAUGUGCUUGUCGCAGCCUUGUGGCCAGCACUUUCGCUUUGGAAAACACAUCUGGUCGAGAGAAUGACAUGCCUGACUCUUAUCAUUCUCGGCGAAGGCAUUAUCGGCCUGACCAAGACAAUUACGAAAAUAAUGAAGCUGGAUAAAAAGUUCAUGUCGGCUGAUAUUGGAAUGCUCAUAUCCGCUGUUUUGCUGAUUUACUUCUUCUACCAGCUCUACUUUGACAGUAUUCGCCUGCAGACUUUGGGUUCCCAUCGUCAGCAUGUCUGUGCUAUCCUGCACUUCCCAUUCCACCUCGCCCUAUGUCUGGUUAUGGAGGGUAUCAACCAGACGCUAUUAUGGGCCCAUAUUGUUGCAGACAUCAAAUCACUCUUCUACCCUCUACUAUAUGGAAUAGAAAAUGGGACAGUACCAACUGCAAAACUGCAAACGAUGCUAAGCGACAUGUUUACUGAUGUCUACAGCCGCUUUGAGACAACCGAUGUUGUUUAUCGCGAGGCGUUCACCUCCCUCAAUGAGACUUUGUCACUGGAUCCCAAUGACAGUCCCGCUCAAUUCCUCAAUGCUUCCUUCUCCGCCAUCAUGCUGUCUGCCCAAACAGUUGUGGAAAGCUUUGGGUGGGAGAUACCAAGCGAGCCAGAGGGAGAGGGCCCACUCGUCUUCGCGGAGACCUUGGACUCAAUCCUGCGCGUGUUCAACUUGACAUUUGCUGUAGGCUACUUCGCCGUCUGCACUGGCCUGGUCAUUAUCCUAGCUAGUGUAUUUUGGAUCCUCUGCUCCGACCAGACUAGUGGGGCGUCCCCCCUGCGGUAUUUCUCUAUCGCAGCUAACAUGCUGGUCGGUCUUGGGAUUGCCUUGCUUAGCAUCUUGACUGUUACGAGUGCUGCAGAGAACCUGGGUGAGACAGCCUGGUGUCUCCCAGCACUGAUGCUGGUUCUACUUGGACUUAUUGUGGUGAACCAUCUUCCUAGGGGGUAUUACACACCGAAGAUCGAGGGACAUGCGUAG